AUGCAGCUGUCCCAUACCGCACCAACCGCCGCCCCUCCGCCCGCCUCUGCAUCGUCCUCUCCACCGUUAACUAACUAUGACAAUUCUUCUGAACCAGCACUUCCGCCAUCCCUCUCCUCCUACACCUCUUCCCCCGCCUAUUCCUCCUCCUGCCCCAUUGCACCAACCACGGCCGCGCUGGUGGCUGACACUCACACCAGCAUCACACACAUCUAUGACACAACAACAGACACCAUCCCUCCAAUCUCCGACUCCAGGGGUGAGGACCAGGGCUUCACCUGCCCUCACUGCGACCGCACCUUCACAUCACACAUCGACCUGGUCAGUCACUUGCGAAUCCAUCGCACAGAGACUGGCGAACCAGUGCCAGGAGCACCAACCUACACCCACCGCACCCGCCCCCGCUGCCCUCGCACCUUCACGCAUCGCACGGGCCUGUUCGGCCACAUGCGCAUCCACGAGAGCGGAAUUGACCGUCCUCCCGACUAA